CAAAGAGAUUGCGGACAAUGGGGAUAUAAACACGCUCAACCAAUAUCUGGUAAGAGACAAAAAACUCCUACAUUCCUUAAAGAUAACUCCAGAAAUGAAGGCGGCUGCCGAGGAUGUAAUGAAAGCAGUAUCCACGAUAUUCUUUACGAUGAUGUCUUGGGACGCUGUUGGAGAAUAUCUCCCCUCAGACUUAGCCAGGGAGAGAGUUGAACGCAGAAUAAGAAAAGCAGCAUUGAAGACAGAAGAAAAUAAGCUCGCAGAGAAGAGGGAUGCCGAGGCAAAGCAGAAACGAGACGAUGAGAAGUUGAUGCAGUCAAAGGUCAAGUCUUUACACACAGCAAGCAUGGACAAGCAUAAGGAGCUACGACAGAGGAGAUACCGGGAGGCAUCCGAGAUGUCAGAAAGCCUAUCACCCGAGAAGGCGAAGACAUACAAGGAAAUCAAUGAACAUCUGACCCAGGAGCAUGAUUUCACGAUAGAAGCAUUGGCGGAUGCGCAGAAGACUAUCGCCAAGAUCCGGGAAGACGCAAAGAAGGACAAGGAUGACAAAAGAGCAGCAAUGGCUCAAAUGGAAGAAAUGAAGCAAUCUCUUGUGACUGCUAGAGAUCAGAACGUCCAGAAAGACAGAAUCAUUACGGGUUUGAGAGGGGAGAUCGAGACUUUAAAGAUCCGGGAAGACGCAAAGAAAAGAGCAGCAAUGGCAGAAAUGGCAGAAAUGAAGAAAUCUCUUGCAACUGCUGAAGACCAGAACGUCCAGAAAGACGGAAUCAUCACAGGCUUGAGAAAGGAGAUCGAGUCUUUAAAGACAUCUCUACGGCUUACGGGUUUGAAUUGCUUCAUAUUGGUUUGCGCAGUGGUCAUUGCUUUAGAGCAUGCAAAUAGCAGAUAAUCUCCACUUUCUUCUCACCCCUAGCAAAUUAUUCGAUGAUUUCCUG